GUCAAACACGUCCUCAGCACAAACGUCUCAAGUCUCAUUAGAGAUACUUCCUACUCAAAGCAUGUCCUCCUUCGGUAACUUCCAAACACUCCUUGACUCACAGGUCGGGACGCUUCCAAAACACCCUUCCUGGCCGCUCCCUAAGGAUAAUACAAGGAAGCAAAGGGCCAUCCCACUCAAUUCUCUACGCUUCCAGGGCGCUGCUUGGGCUGCUGCGGGUGGCAGCAUGUCCGCGACACUUCUCGGUGCCUUCAAAAUCUUCCGUAACUUCCGUGGCUUCAAAUACAUCUGAUAUAGGCCUUGCCCAGGGAGUUAGUGCAUCACCAAGUUGUCGGUCUUUAUUGUUCAAGCGUUAUCCAGAUUGAAUGUGCAUAUGAAGGGCCCAAGUAUACUAUAAUCAAUUUAAUCAAAAG